AUGAGCUUCGAAGUGGAUCGGUACUCGUCUGCGUGGGCACAUAUCGCCCUGUGUGCGGAUCUCACAUGGGCUACAGAACCUCCCGAUGAUUUUAUUAUAGCUAACCAGCGUCUCUGGGCACAACAUUGUCGUGUCUCACAAGUACUACAGGACACAACAUCAGAAUCACAAAGUUUGCAAUCAAAUAAUCAAUGCGAAUUAUCCGAUAAUAAGCGAGCAAUAUCAAGCCAAAGCCAAGAAAAUGGAAGCAGUAGUGGCAGAAGAAGUGUAAAAGACGUUAUUCCAGAGUCAAGACUAGCACAAUUUUAUGGAAACUUUUAUUACGACGAAGUCAGAGAGAAAUGUUAUACAAAUACUAAUGAGAGAACAAACUUGCGAGGUUACAACGGCCAGGGCUGUGAGAACUCAGAUCUUACGGAAUGCUGGAUGUUGCCUGAGGUGGAGUACUGGUUCCGCAAGUUAGUAGACGAAUCGUCAGAACGCAGUAUGUUUCCUCGCCGACGUCGCCAGUACAGAAUGCUUCCCGACGAGGAUUUCGAGCGCUGGGGCCCGAGUGGGGGGCGGGCCGCGGGUGAAGAAGCGGCGCUGGCAGCGCGCGUGCUCAGCGUACGAGCCCUAUGGGCUCCGCCUGCUCAGACACGGGUUCCCCCAGCCAUAACGCCUCGAGCGCCCAGCCCUCCAUCAGUAUCAAGGAAGAUGCGCGCUAGGCGUCGGCAGCCCAGACGAUUGACGGCGCUUGCACCUCCCCCGCCGUCGUAUUGUCUGGAUGUACCCGCUCAACUCUUCUGCGAUCCUACGUGCAAGUUCCAGUUCGACCCACCGCGGCCCCCGCAAUUAACAGAAUGUCAACGAGCGAUGGGUCGGUUAUCAGCUAGUGUGCAAGCUGUAAUGCGUGCUUCAGCGGCGCGAUGUCCCCCGUACCGAGGCACUAACGUAAGUCGGUACGCGCCCACUGGCCAGCGACCGGCACGGUGCCCUGAACGGCGUUACGGUGUUUGGUGGCCAAAGGACCAUCCCUCUCUGCGCCUUGAUCACAAAUUUCAUCUCACACACAUCAACCAAACACCAACAACCUCAAGUCAAAAAGCUUUACCUCGAAUAGAACAAGAGGAAGAAAAGAAAGAAGACCAAUCUUCAGAAAAAGAAAGCAGUAGUACCAGCGAACAGAUCAUUGUUCCCGCAAUCGAACAACUACAGGCAUCGCAAGCUGAUAAACCCGAAAGUCCUAAAACUCAGGACAAAGUCGUAACAGAUGGCCAGCUACCGUCAACUAGUGCAGCCGCAAUGGAAACAGGAUUAAGGAAGAAGCGUCUAUACAGCACUGUGCUUAGUAUGAGCGCUCCGGCUCCUAUCGGCCUUAAUCCAGUGGUUAGAUUAGCUCAGAAACUUGUAACACCUGGCCUCCUCAAGCUUAGCCCCAAAAUGGUUCUUCCUGGAACGAGAGUCGGCCGGCCACCAAAUGUAGAUCAUAAAUUUGAGGAAUUAGAGAAAGAAGCGCUUGAACAGUAUAAAGCUUCAGAUGAAAGUAUAGAUACUAAGUUUCGAGAACUAGAAAAGCAAGCCGUUGAACAAUACAGUACAAGCAAUAGUAACACUAGUUGUAGUAGUGGAAACUCGGCAGAGAAACGCGUCUCCAGCUCUCCCUCGGAGAGCGACACAAAAAGUAAGCAGUCAGCAAAAUUUCAUAAGGAAAAACCGGUCGACAGCGUUGUGAUAUACUCCCAAAAUUUUCCCGAUUUGAACUCCAAGGGACAGACAUCCAGUGUCAUGAAUUUAAAAAACUUCCACACCCCCCCGAGGGGGGAAAAAAAGGAACAAACCCAUAGACCAAGUAAGAGCAUACGGAGUUUAAAGAACGAUUCACAGAGAGCUGCAUCUGACACGGAUUACGAAGCACGGGAUACUAACUUGAAGGGGAAUCACAAAGGUCCCAUGCGGUGGACACUGCAUGUGGUACCGCCUAAGAAGCGGCACUUAACGUUGUGCGUAUCGGACUUUUCAUCCGACGAAGACAUUGAGGAGGGGAGUGUGUCGAUGAAGGACGCAGGGCCGUGCAUCAAAAACCACGUGGCCGGCAAGGUGAAGAUGUCGGCACACGGAGGCGGAGACCUCCACCCGAUCAUGAGAAAAACGUAG